AUGGAAAACCCGCUUCCUGCGAACCCUGCCGCAAGGAAAAAGUCCGUUGUGAUCAUCGCCUCCCAGUCUGUUCUCGUUAACAUCACUGUAAAAGACAUCUUAUCUGGCGCUGGGCGCACGCAUUCUCUCCCUCCUUCAACUCUGGAGCAAGAUGACUCUGGUUCUAGGCCGUUGCGUGCCGGACCAGCGUCCACGCCGAUUUCGACAUUUUCGAAUACCGAGGACGAUAGGCUGAAUAUGCUGAUCACUUCCCGCUCCUUGCCCACUGGCUACUUAGGUCCGACCAGCUUUGUCGCAGCAUUGGAAGAGGACCACGAGCUUGUUUCUAGUCCCAGUGAUCGACGGUUACAGGACGACGCAGGAACCGCAUUCCCAUCGGAAUUGCCCUUGUACUGGAUACAGCGAACAGCAGAAAUACUACGAUGCUUGCAGGAUUUUCCAACCAUUAAACAAAUAGUCUGUGAAUACUACGGACUAAGCAAGGCGGCCGUCAUACCAUCGCUCCUUCUUAACGCACUACCUUCAAUACAGGUUACGAUUGAGGAAGCACAACUGCAUAAAAGCCCACCAGAACAAGUCGCGCGGGUUCUUCAGAACACAAAGCAUGUGCUCCCCAUAUCGUCGACUACGACAGGAAGUCAUUUCCAUGAGCUUUUUACAGGGUCCAAUUUACGCCUGGAGAUCUUCGGCGUUCUCUAUGCGAUAGCUGGCCGACUUAGUAUUUUCGGCCUGGCUCACGAUAGAUUCCCCAGACUGAAUGGAAUGGCAGCUCGUGAACGGUUCUCUCGGAAGAUGCUGGCGGCUAGUGAUGCGGUGCUGCAGAUUUGCCAACUCAUUGCCCCAGUCAACGAUCUAACGAUAUGGAUGCUGUAUGAAAUUCUACUAUUGUCAAAGGUGGCAGAUGGUGAUACGAGCUCCGCAAAGUGGCGCAGGCUCGGGGACCUGUCAACCCAUGUAUUCGAGCUGGGGUUGCACAGAGACUCCCAACAGUCAAACUCUCUUCCAGUAUUUCUUGUCGAGACUCGCCGCAGGCUCUUUGCAGCGGCAUAUCAACUCGACAAGAGCAUUGCGACGUUCCUUGGCAGACCACCGCGGAUCUCAUUAAGGCAUUCAGACUGUCGACUGCCUCUUGAUCUCCAUGAUACCUCGUUGGAGGCAGGUCAGUCGGACAUGGAAUUGGCCUUGCAGGGCUUGGACAGCGAUGGAUGGAAUACCCAAGGUAGCCUUCAUCGAUCUACCUUUCUUCGGCAACGAUUCCUAGUCAGUACCUUUCGCGAAGAGAUUCUGGAAGUCUCACUACAGACCCAAAACCGCGGGACAGCCGAAAAGCUGAGGGAUAUUUCUGUGCGUUGUAAUCAAACAUGGGAUUCAAUGCCGAAGCAGUUGCACUACAGCCCAGAUUCUCGGGAUGAAAACAUGUCCAACACGACGCGUAUGAUGCUUAUUGUAUCCUACCUCGCAUACCUUUACAACGACUUCCUCAUUCAAAGGCUCCUUGUUCAGCAGGACCCGAAGGCCUAUUCUGCUUUACUCGAUGUGAGCUCAACCAUCUUGUCGACCGUUUUAGAUUUCUGCGCCAUGCGAGAAGAUAUGAUAGACCUUCGGCCAGACUUCAUGUGGACAGUUCAACCUCCUGUACGGCUUCCCCAGUGCCGCGGUUCUGAUAAAGGCGCUCCAGAAACAAGCUCGCACCGGUCGACCAAUCCCCUAUCAGGCUCGCGAUCUGAAUUGAUCCGCCAUCUGAGCGUUUUUAUCUCGCAUUUAGAGUCGAUGGCCCGGCCGGGCGUUGCGAACCAGGAGCUCUUUCACCGCGCUAGUAAAAUAUUCUCCAGCAUCAUCGACGAGGUUUUGGAGCCGCGUGUCGCGGUAACUCUCCCCGGGCCUGAAAUAGAUAUAUUGGCGGAUUCGGGGACGUGCAUGGUCGAAAAUGAUGAUUUGGAUUUCUUGGAUAUGCUGGAGUUUGGAGGAUCGAUUGAUCAGUAUGUUAUCUUCUGA